AUGAAAGUUGUUCCCCCGUUACGGCCCCGAGUCCCGGUGGCUGCUUGCUGGCAGCAGAGAGGCAGGGGUGCGAAGAAUCUGCCGGAUGAUUUGCUGCCAAUUCCACAGGUACACAAUGUAGCAGAGAAGAAUUCAGGAAAGCGGAGUACAUCGACAGAAGAGAACACCAUGAAGAAGAAGAAGAAGAAGAACAAGAACAACAAUGCAAAGGGAGUAACUGCACCCUCUAAUAGUGUAAGUACCCAGAAAAAGGAUAACCAUCGACCUCGAACAGAUAAAGUACAUGACAUGACUAAAGAUGCCACCUCACAGUCCUCUCACAACACAAGGAAAUCUGGUGUGCUGAACAUCGGAACCUGGAAUGUGAGAACACUGAAGAAAGCAGGGCACUGGGAUAUACUCCUCGAAGAAGCUCGGAGAUUUGACCUGGAUAUUCUAGGUUUGUGUGAGACACACCUGACUGGCAGAGAGACGCUUAUAAACAAAGAGGAGUACUCAAUCCUUUUAUCAAGCAGGAAAGAUAACACGAGUCGGGAGGGAGUCGGCAUCAUGAUUUCCCAGCAAAUCCUGCAUUGCUUGGUGAGCUACGAAGCAGUCUCACCGAGGAUCAUCACAGCGAAAUUCAACAUGGAAGAAGAGAUCAUGAAUAUCAUCCAGGUUUACGCCCCUACAUCUGCACAUAGUGAACAAGAAAGUGACCUUUUCUAUGAUGCACUCCAGUUGCAUAUCCAGAAGGUACCUAGGAAGGAGAAUAUAAUUGUCAUGGGUGACCUUAAUGCGAAAGUAGGAGCAGACCAUGGAGUAUGGGCACCAACUUUGGGCAAGUUUGGAUUAGGUCAGAUCAACAGAAGAGGGGAGAAACUUCUUGAGUUCUGCAUGUUACACGGAAUGGCAGUGUGUAACACCUACUUCCAACACAAAGAAUGUAGAAGGGCAACAUGGACAUCCCCAGGUGGGCAUUACAGAAACCAGAUAGACUUCAUUAUUACCAAAUUAGGAAAUAUAAAGACGUUCCAGAACUGCAGAUCGUACUGCUCAGCUGACAUUGGGUCAGACCACAAUCUAGUACUGGCUAAUGUGAAGUUCUCACCCACAAAGACCAAGCGAAUGAAGAGCCUCCCGAAAACCUAUGACGUGGGCAGAUUUAAUGACUCUAACAUUGUAGAAACAUUCAAAGCCAGGAUUGGAGGUGCCUUUGAACCACUACUUCAGCUCCCAGACACAGAUGUUGAUGAGCUGUGGAAGAAAUUCAGAGAUACAACCAAUAAUAUCUCAGAGGAAAUUGUAGGCUUCAAAAGGUCGAGACAAGUUAAAGGUCUCCCAGAGGAGGUUUGUAAGGCCUGUGAACAAAGGAGGAAAGCCAGAAUCCUCAUGAUGAACAAUCCCUCGGACUGCAACAAGAAAAGCUACACAAAACUGAAUAAAGCAGUUAAGUAUGAAGUGAAGAAGUGGAAGAAGAAAAUUCUUGACACGGAGGUGGAAGAGAUGGAAUUAGCUCACGCGAAGAACAACAGCCAUUAG